AUGAGGAUCACUGGGACAACGCUGCUGCCGCUCCUGCUGGCGACAGCCACGGGUCAACAUGUCAAGCUGCCCGGCUCCGCAGUCGAGCCACGCUGGGCGACAGCCGAUCACCGUGCCUCGCCAAGAGCCGACAACUCGUCCGCUUGGCCGUACGGUCCCUUCAGCACCAAGGGCAGGGACAUCGUUAAUUCCCGGGGCGAGGUCAUCACCUGGGCUGGGGUGAACUGGCCCAUGAGCGGCGAGACCAUGGUGCCUGAGGGUCUGGAGUGGGCUUCCGUGGACGACAUCCUCGACGAUGUGGCCAGUGUUGGGUUCAACUUCCUCCGCAUGGGCUACGCUAUUGAGAUGGUCGACCAGGUUUACGAUCGCGGUGGCCAGGACGUCCCUCUAGAGGUUGCCAUGAUCCAGGCUCUUGGAUAUGUGAACGGCACAAAGGUCACGAAUGAGAUAAUCUCCAAGAACCCUUCCUGGACGCGGGAGACAACCAGGUUCGAGAUCUGGAGUGACAUCGCCAACGCCGCAGCUGAGAAGGGCCUAUUUGUCCACCCAGACGUGCACACCGGCAAGGCCCAAUGGUGCUGCUCCCACGUCGACGGCACCGCUUGGUUCGAUGACCUGCACUUCAAUUCCAGCAACUGGCUGCGCGGCCUCUCGUACGUCGCAGAGUGGGCCAAGGGCCACCCGAACGCUGUCUCAAUGUCGCUCAGAAACGAGCUGCGAGAAUCGGGGAACGUCACGGACCUCUACUACAACUGGCAGACGCUCGUCGGCAACAUGAGCGCGGGCUGCGACGCGAUCCACGAGGCGAACCCGGACCUCCUCAUCACCUGGUCAGGCAUGCAAUACGAUCAAGACCUCUCGGCACUCACGACGAGGAAGAAUAUCCUCACCGCUCCAUGCUACAAGUGCACGGCGAUCAGGGACGCCCAGCGCCGGGAACCCGUCUACUUUGAUCUCGACAGCUAUCCCUGGGCCGACAAGCUGGUCUGGGAGCUGCACCUAUACAGCUCCAGCGAGGAUGUCGACACCGGCACCUGUGAGAUCAUCGAGGCAGGGCUGUACCGCAACGGCUUCAACGCCCUCGGCAUAGACCCUCCCCCGGCCUGCAACAUCACCAACGACUGCCCGCCCGCUCAGCGCAUCGCCCCGGUUGUGCUCACAGAGUUCGGACACGCACAGGACCCCAGCAUGUACAACGUCACCCUGCAGAGCUGCCUCAAGGAGUAUACCAAGAAGCACGGUGUUUCUUGGGCCAUGUGGAGCCUUGCUGGCAGUUACCGCAUCAGAUCCGGUACCCAAGGGCUUAUCGAUACUUGGGGCCUGACGAACUUCAACUGGACCGGGUGGAGCUUUCCCGAGGGCAUAGAGGAAUACUGGAAGCCUUGGGUUGCGGCUAUGAAUGUCACCAGGCCAAAUUGA